CUUUUUGGUCAUUCCUUUCAUUUUUGAUCCUCGCCAUUACUACUCGGGUCUACUCAGGGGGUGUAGGAUUCGAGCCACUCACUAAUGAUGGUGCCGUCGACGAAGACCAAGGAAUCUUUAAGCGCAACGUUUUAUCAAACUGCUGGCGUGUUUGAUGGCCUAUCGUCAUCAGAGGUUCCGAAGAAGGAAUCGCAAAGAUCUGAAACGGGCUUUCCGUAUUAUGAGUCGCCAUUCUCGACCUACCCUCUACUUCUAUCCCAAAUACGUACAACGCCUCUUGAUGCCGAUUCCUGUCAAGAUCCUCGGCGAACUGCCACUCAUUCAUCCAGAUCAUCAUCGCAAGCUAAUUUAUCAUCACCCUCAUCACGCGCUUCGCUUAUCUACUGUGCACCAUCAUUAUCUCAUUCAUGUUCGACUGUUUUUGUUCCAGAUCUCAAGCCUUUGAAGCUUGCAAGCUUGCAACACGCCUUUGGACAAGUCAUUUCUAGCGACUCGGGUGUUCGGGUAUGUCAGUACGAAGUGCCCGGUGGGGGUGUUUGUCGCGACAAAGACUGUGACGACGUGCACCUGAGCCGACUCAUGAGCGAGCCGAGUGAUGUAGCGGCGUACGUGCACAGAAUAUUGCCGCAACCUUGGCGUAGUCGGUGCGACGUACGAGCUAUCGAAAUUGCCCUUGAACGGGUCCGGCUCGGUAGCAGCGCCGGAAAUAUUGACGAGUGCGUCACAAGCGCUCUAUCAGGACUUGGCAUCCCGGUCGUUCCAUCAACAACGUCUUGACACGUUCCAACCAUCAGGAUGUGACCGACAAUGCGGCCCGGCCUCGACAGAUGAUGAAGACCGAAGAGACCAUUUGUUCGAAUGUCAAAAUUGUACAGGGCAAAGGACAAGAGCGCCUUGCGCCACAGGAGCAUGGACUCCUGAAGUGUGAUUGAAGAGCCCAUCGGACUUGUUUGUUGUUAUUAUAUUAUUAUAAUCAAAAGUGUUUUGGUUGCCACGGUGGAUGAUGCGGAGAAUGAAUUUAUUGACACGAGGUUUACCAAAUUAGGAAUAGUAUUUCCAAAUGGAAAAGUGGAAGCGGG